AUGAGAGCAGAAUACGAGAUAGCUCCUGACCUCUUCACUGCCAGUUUGAACGGUACCUGGGGGAGAUGUAUGGGAGAGGAGUGUGGCCCAGGAGGUGUCCAAACCAGGUCAGUAUGGUGUGCCCAUGUGGAGGGAUGGACUACUUUACCCACUAACUGUAAACCAUCGGAAAGACCAGAGAACCAGCAAAAUUGUUUCAAAGUCUGUGACUGGCACAAAGACCUGUAUAAGUGGCAGGUGGGUGAGUGGAGCAAAUGCUUACCUGUCGCUUCCAGGAACCCUUCUUCAAGAGUAGCGUCAGAGUGCCUGAAAGGUGAAGAAGGAAUUCAAACCAGGGAUGUAACUUGCAUUGAGAAACGAAAUGGAGCUGCAGCGGAGGAUGUUAUCUGUGACUAUUUUGAGACUAAGCCCCACAUUGAACAAGCUUGUCUCAUCCCCUGCCCACAGAACUGUGUGGUAACGGAGUUUACUUCCUGGUCAGAAUGCACCAAAUCCUGCGGAGUUGGGUUACAACACCGCAUUCGUCAAAUGUUAGUGCCCCCGCUGUACGGUGGGGAACCAUGCCCCAACCUGACUGAGUUCCGGACCUGCACGUUCAAUUCCUGCGAUGCAGAAGAAAGUAUUUACAGUUUGAGAGUUGGCCCCUGGAGUGCAUGCUCUCUUCCACAUUCUCGACAAACCCGGCAAGUAGGAAAAAGAGUGAGGGACCCUGAAGCCCGUGAGCUUAUGAAGAAAAAGAGGAACCGAAACCGUCAAAUCCGUCAGGACACUAAAUAUUUUGACGUGCUGAUCGGUUACCAAACAAGGCAGGUUACGUGCAUGCACAGAAAUGGAAAGACUGCAGCGCUGAGCUUUUGCACACAAGAGAAACUGCCAAUCACCUUCCAGUCUUGUGUAGUCCCAAAAGAUUGUCUAAUCUCAGAGUGGUCCGAAUGGAGCCCAUGCUCAAAGACUUGUUACAGUGCGACCUCUACGAAAGGAUUCCGUACCAGAACUUCCAGUAUUAAGCAAUUUCCUGUUGGUGGUGGGAAAGAAUGUCCAUCUCUAGAAGAGAAAGAACCCUGUGCUCCUCAAGGUGAAGGUGUGCCACCUUGUGCUAUGUAUUCAUGGAGGACAACAGAAUGGAGUGAAUGUCGUGUUGAUGUGCUACUCAGCCAGCAAGAUAGAAGACGUGGAAAUCAAACAUCCCUCUGUGGAGGGGGAAUUCAGACGCGGGAAUUCUACUGUGUGCAGGCUAAUGAAAACCUCUUAUCUCAUCAGAACAAACAUAAGGAAAAGGAAGUUGAGAAGCCUGUUGCCAACAAGCUGUGUAAUGGACCCACACCAAACACCACACAGUUGUGUCAGAUUGCCUGCCCCAUUGAGUGUGAAGUAUCAUCCUGGUCUGCUUGGGGUCCAUGUACCUAUGAAAGCUGUGACAAUCCACAAGGAAAGAAAGGAUUUAAACUGCGGAAACGACAAAUUGCGAAUGAACCUACUGGUGGUGCAGGGAAUUGUCCACACUUAAUUGAAGCUAUUCCCUGUGAUGACCCAUCUUGUUACUGUUGGGAGGUUGUGAAACUGGGAGAAUGUUCACCCGACAAUGAUAGUGACUGUGGGCCAGGCAUCCAAACCCCAGAAGUUCAAUGUGUUAACAGCAAUCGAGAUGUUGUCGACAAAAAUCAGUGUAGAGAAGCUAUCUAUCCAGUUCCUGUAUUGUGCAAUGUCCCAUGUCCAAGAGACUGUGUUCUUAGCAAAUGGUCAGAAUGGUCAUCUUGCUCAUAUACUUGCUCUGGCAAGAACACCGAGGGUAAACAGAUGCGCGCACGCUCAAUUCUUGCAUAUGCAGCUGAAGGAGCAGCACAGUGUCCAAACAGCAGUGCCUUGCAGGAAAUACGCAGCUGUAAUGAGCAUCCUUGUACUGUAUAUCACUGGCAGGCUGGUCCCUGGGGUCCCUGUAUUGAAGACCUGUCAGUAGCUACUCUUAAUUCAAGCACCAGCUGGAGUGGUGAGGCUACCUGUGCCGUGGGAAUGCAAACGAGAAAGGUUAUUUGUAUGAGAGUCAACGUGGGACAAGUUGGACCAAAAAAGUGUCCUGAAACUGUACGACCAGACACAGUGAGACCAUGUCUCCUACCGUGUAAAAAAGAUUGCAUUGUAACACCUUAUAGUCACUGGACACCUUGUGACUUAUCAUGUAAUGCAGGAGAUGAUGCCAAAACAAAACAAUUCCGUCAUCGUGUCAUCAUUCAGUUGCCAUCAAAUGGAGGGCGAGAUUGUCCUGAUACGCUGUUUGAGGAGAAGGACUGCGAGACUCCUCGUGUUUGCAGUAGUUACAGGUGGAAAACACACAAAUGGCACAGGUGUCAGUUGGUACCUUGGAACGUCCGUCAGGACAGCCCUGGAGCACAGGAAACUUGCGGUCCAGGACUUCAAACUAGAGCAAUAUCAUGUCGCAAGCAAGAUGGUGGUCAAGUGGAUAUUAAUAAUUGUCUGAAAUGGGCUGGUACAAUGCCACCUUUAACUCAACACUGUCAGUUGCCCUGCCAGGAUGACUGCCUGUUCACUAACUGGUCCAAAUUUUCUGCCUGCAGUGGUGACUGCAGUACAGUACAGAUCCGAAAGAGGACAUUUGUUGGGAAAAGCAGGAAGAGAGAGAAAUGUAGGAAUGCUCAACUUUUCCCUCUGAUUGAGACCCAAUUUUGUCCCUGCGACAAGUACACAGCUCAGCCUGUGGGCAACUUAUCUGACUGCAUUCUUCCUGAGGGAAAGAUGGAAAGUUUGCUUGGCAUGAAGAUCCAAGGUGAUAUCAAGGAGUGUGGUCGUGGAUAUCGCUUUCAAGCCUUGGCUUGUCGUGAUCAGAAUAAUAGACUUGUGGAAUCAGGACGAUGCAACAGACAUGCUUAUAUAGAGGAGGCUUGCAACAUCCCCUGCCCUUCUGACUGUAAACUUAGUGAAUGGUCCAAUUGGUCACGCUGUAGCAAAUCAUGUGGCAGUGGAGUGAAAGUCAGAUCCAAGUGGUUGCGUGAGAAGCCAUACAAUGCUGGAAGGCCCUGUCCAAAACUCGAUCACACCAACCAGGCUCAGGUAUAUGAGGUGGUACCAUGCCACAGCGACUGCAGUCAGUAUGUGUGGAUAGCCGAACCAUGGAGCGUCUGCAAAGUAAGCAAUGUGGACCUGAAGGAUAACUGUGGAGAAGGAGUGCAAACACGCAAAGUGAGGUGCAUGCAGAAUACAAUGGAUGGUCCCAUUGAACCUGUUGAAGACUACCUGUGUGAUCCAGAAGAAAUGCCCCUAGGUUCCAGGCAAUGCAAGCUACCAUGCCCUGAUGAUUGUGUUAUGUCUGAGUGGACAUCCUGGAGCAAGUGUCCUCUGCCGUGCAACGUUAGCACUGUUCGAGAACGGUCAGCUAUCCCAUUAAGGCAACCAGGAGAAGGGAAACCCUGUCCAUCUGAAACUGAGACUGAGCCCUGCCAUUUAAACAAGAAUUGCUUUCACUUCAUGUAUAACGUAACAGAUUGGAGCACUUGUCAGCUGAGUGAUAAAGCAGUCUGCGGAAAUGGAAUUAAAACAAGAAUGUUGGACUGUGUUCGCAGCGAUGGGAAGUCAGUUGAUCUUAAGUUCUGCAAACAACUGGGUCUAGAGAAAUCGUGGCAGAUGAAUUCAUCGUGUGCUGUGGAGUGUCCAGUGAAUUGUCAGUUCUCUGACUGGUCGGCCUGGUCUGCUUGUUCUCAGUCAUGUGGUCUUACAGGAGUAAUGACCCGCAAGAGAACACUGAUUCAGCCAUUCCAGGGAGAUGGAAGGCCAUGUAUAAUGCAGCUGGAACAGUCCAAACCAUGCUUGAUCAAACCUUGCUAUCGAUGGCAAUAUAGUGAAUGGACCCAAUGUACAGUUAAGGAUGCUCAUUGUGGUGAUGGCAUGAAAUUCCGUAACAUAUCAUGUGUUGUUUUCGAUGGAUCCAGCGAUGAUCCUGGCAAGAUUGUGGAUGACGAGUUAUGUGCCGAUGUAGAACCUGUGGUGAAUGGAGACAAGCAGAUCGUUCUACAAGCAGCUUGUACUGUCCCAUGCCCAGGUGACUGUUACCUGACAGAAUGGUCUUUGUGGAGCUCUUGUCAACUGACAUGUGUGAAUAAUGAGGAUCUUGGCUAUGGUGGUGUACAGGUACGAACAAAGGCAGUGAUCAUCCAGGCAAUGGAUAAUGAGCAUCUAUGUCCAGAACAGGAAUUGGAGACCCGCUUGUGUACAGGUGGCAGCUGCUAUGAGUAUGUGUGGUUGGCUGGUGCAUGGACAGGAUCAUACCGAGAAGUAUGGUGUCAAAGAUCAGAUGGAAUAAACGUCACAGGUGGCUGUUCUCCAGUGAACCAACCUUAUGCUGACAGAUCAUGUAAUCCGCCAUGUACUAAGCCUCAUACAUACUGCUCUGAGUCUGCAGUGUGUGUCUGUGAGGAAGGUUACACAGAGGUGGUGACAACUGACAAUUUGUUGGACCAGUGCACCAUGAUCCCAGUGUUGGAGAUCCCUUCAGUGGAGGAAAAGAAAGCAGAUGUGAAGACAAGUCGAGCCAUCAACCCAACGGAAACCUAUGACAAUGAACAAGGGCAUUCGGGACACAUGUGGUUCUUACAGCCAUUUGGAGCAGAUGGGAAGCUGAAAACUUGGGUUUAUGGUGUGGCAGCAGGAGGUUUUGUCUUAAUAAUCUUCAUUGUUUCUAUGAGCUAUCUAGCCUGCAAAAAACCCAAGAAACCACAGAGAAAGCAAAACAAUAAGCUGAAACCUUUGACCCUGGCAUAUGAUGGAGAUGCUGACAUGUAAUUUCCCUUGUUGCUUGAAGAUCUUUCCCAGUCUUUCUUCAUUAGUGUAAGGUAUAAUGUGCAGCAUGUAUGUCUGGUCUACAGUCUUAUAGGGAAUUCUGGAACAGUUCGUCAGUUUCUAGAGCACUGUGACAUUUUUACAGGAAGAUGGAUGGCAAAAUAUACCACAAGAUGACACACUCAUUAUAAUACAGGCUUCAAAUGAUAAAACUGCCUAUUGUUAACAAGUUGAAAUAUUGCUAAAGAACUUCUCUGCAAUGCACCAAAGCAAAUUAUGCUUUUAUUUGAAAAGGAUAUUAAGAUACAAGUGAAAGGGAAAGCUGAACUUUGUAUUGCUUUUUGUCCGAUGAUUUUAUAUCGAAUGCAGUGAUGAUGUUUCAGGUGAGAAAGUUAUCCAACUAUAACAAGAGUCAACUGAAAAACUGACGACUGCUCACAGACCUAAUGCACAAUUACCAGAAAGAACAGACCUAAUGGAAUGAGAACUUUAACUGUGAAUCCAAGACCAGAGCAUUUCAAACUGAUGACUUUCCAAUGUUACUGCAAAAAGGAUCCAAACGUUAUACUUCUAUCAAUGUGAAGGCAACAAUUUAUGCAGCAACCCUGAAUAAUAUAUAUAUGCUUGGUGACAAGUUAAUGGUAAAAGCAAGAAGGACAGCCAAAUAGCUAGAGUUUCUCAAACAGCAUGAUGCUCAAGAAGUGCAAACUAUGAUAAUAAGAAAUACAAUGAAAACUAUUCAACUGGGAAAUUGAAGUCUUAAGUAUUAACAGCUUAAAUAUUGUUCUCGUUAACUUUCCAUGCUUUAUGUCUGAAACUGUCUAUGUAUUUCCAACAAAUUAGCCAAUUACUCCAGUAUAUACUGCUGCCGAAAAUGGCCAUACCUAACUAUUAAUGUUUCAAACUAUGAUAUUAUUUAAUCCAACAAAUGAAAUGGUCUCUUAAAUGCCCUGAACAACAUGGUCAGCAACACUUCUGAAAUGUGAGACACUUCUUUGCACUAUAUUAGUGCUGCAUGAUAUGCACUCAACCUGUCAUCACUUUAGAAAUAGCAUCUUUCUAGCAAAAGUGUCUCCCCUCGGUAAAAUAAAAUAGAUAGUUUGAAAAGGAGCAAACUAAUCUUGUUUACUCAUGGAUUGCAACAGUUCUGUACUGUGGCAAAAUGAAGUCAGAGUAUUUCAAUUAGUGUAUGUACAGACAUAUGUAUGUGUCUAUAGUCACUGCAGCUAUUUUGUAAAGUGUAUUAUCGGUGGUCAGUAUAGUUGCAGUAUUUAUAGGCAUCUAGUUGAAUUUUAUGAAAAAUGUAUUUGUUCUGAUCUUAUGUGCUUAUGUUGUGCAAACAUUUCACUAGCUGUUUUGCUAGUUCAAUCUUUUGUACUGUUUUUCUGUUGCUCCUUUUAAAAGGGUGACAUUUUUUGGCUACUUUGUUAUCAUUACCAAAACAUGAAAAAGAAUAGAAAUUGCGGUUAGCAGACAAAAAGGCAGAAAUCCCAAUCAAUUCUAAUUAAAACAGCUAACUUGCAGAAAACUCAAUGUUGCCACACAGUUCAUUUCAUCCAAAUAAAGUUAUUUGUGAAAAUUAUGAAAUUUAUGGGAAUAGGUAUCCAUUUAUAAUGCUAAAUUUAUUAAUGCUAAUUUGCUAGUGCUUUAUAAGCUCUUCAUAGAAAAUAAGUUCAUUCUAUUAUUCUGAUACAAAGUAUUCAGGAGUGACUUGUCCAAAAGAAUUAUGAUAAACCUGAGAAUCAGAGCACAUUAAACAUACUAAUCAUCAUUCAUCUACAUAACAGGACAUUUUAUUUUCCUCUAAAAUAUACUCUUACAUCAACAUUACCUCUUCCAGGAAAUCAUCGACAUUUGAAGGGAACAAAAUUAAUUCUUUUGGUUCGCUGUAAUCAGAAUAUACUUUUCCAAUGAGACCCUUAAAUGAAUUGCUGAGACAAAGUAACUGUUACCUGCUGGAUCAUGGUAUAUGGCGUGUCCAAGGAAACAGGAUAAUUUUUUUUACAAUCUGAAUUUCCAUUAAGAUAUUGGGAGUUCUAUUUCAGAUACUAAACGUAAAAACAAAUUGUACAAAUGGUUAAUGUGCUGACAUCUGUCACCUUGCUGAAACAAAUUGUCAGUGAAGAGUUGGCACCACACAUGAAAUUAACUCAAUACUGUCUCUCCCAGUAGGUUGCUUGCAUGCUUAUUGAAUGAAAGUGGCAUCUGCAAACAGAAUGUGUUUCUCUUUCAUUCCAAUGUUUUACUGUUAAUUUGUAGAUAUUGUCAUUUUUUUAAUUUUUUAAAUUAUGUUUAUUUUCUUUUUUAAUUAAAGCAAUGUAUAACCUCCAAAAUUUUGUGGGGGUAAAUGAAUCCAAAUUUUAUCGAGUAAUGAUUAUAUUUAAGAUGAAAGAUGUGGCACGUGCUUUA